GUCCCCCACCGGGGGCCUCUCGGCGCAGGCGGCUGGCUAGCUACCAUACGGCUUUCCCGGCUUCGGCCUUCCGAAUAUCACGCACUUACGCAAGCCCCUCUGCCAACCUCGCCGACCACAUCUUUACACUAGUGCUUUGACAACCCAUCACUGUCACUGUCACGGUCACUGCCACCGCCACCACCGUUACCGCCGCUACUGCCACCGCCAUGACUUCCAUCACGCCAAAGAUCAUCGACGACAAAAGCCCCCUCUGCAUUCCGUUCAUCACGGGACUGUUGGAGAAGCGGUCGUCGCAAGAUGGAGACCGACCAUUCAUAAUCGGCCUCAACGGCGUCCAGGGCGUCGGCAAAACGACACUCGUCAAAGCACUGGCCGAGAUGCUCACCAAGCUCGGUUACAGUACGCUCGUCUUCAGUAUCGACGACCUUUAUCUUAAGCACGAGGAUCAGGUCGCCCUCGCCCAAUCUCAUCCCGAUAACUUUCUGGUGCAACAAAGGGGCGAGCCCGGGACCCACGACAUGCAGCUCGCCCGGGCUUUUUUUGAUAGCAUCACCGAUGGGAAGCCCACCAGAGUGCCGUCAUACGACAAGGCAGCCUUUUCCGGCCAAGGAGACCGUCUCCCCGAGAGCCAAUGGACCGAGGUGAACAGCCCAGGCCAGCCAAAGGUCCAGGUCGUCAUAUUCGAGGGUUGGUGUGUGGGGUUCCGUGCUCUGCCGGAUCCCGAAGUGGAGGCCAAGUGGAAAGGCCAUAGCAGGACACUCCAGCAGCAUAAGCUGGAGCACUUACUGCUAGUGAAUGAGAGGCUCAAAGACUAUGACACCAUGACUGACCUCUUGGACGUUUUCAUUCACAUCGAUGCCGAGGACACCCAAUACGUUUACGACUGGCGCUUGCAACAAGAGACCGCACUUCGACAAGAGAGGGGCACCGGCAUGACGGACGAGCAAGUCAUCAAGUUCGUUGACGGUUACUACCCUGCUUACGAGCUUUUUCCAGACAAUGUCAGGAGAGGAGUUCUGCCAAACAGGCCCGGUCACCAGAUGAGGCUGGUGGUUGGCAAAGACAGAAGAGUGAAAGAACAUUUUGUUUUAUAAGAACCAUCCUGUGGACGGCCUUUGAGGCUGAGUUCAGUACAUGGGUAUUCGCGCCUCCCGAACGAUAGAAUAGUGGACUUUUCUUUCCCCGUACGCCAGCAAUAACAGGUCUUGGUCAUAAGUCGUAAAGAGUCGUCAAAAUAGUUGAAGGAUUGUCGCCACUCACCCCAACCAACGCCUUGCUCCAUUC